AUGGGAACCAAACCUACAAAAGAAGCUAAAAAAGUAUCUUCAUCGCAGACAAUUGACACCUCAUCACCACAACCAGUCGAUGGUGUACACGUCGGAGAAUCGGUGAGGAAUAUAUUUCAACAAAAACUUUGUGAUUUACCUGUCGCUAAAGAUUUAUUGCGAUUAUGUAACAAGAUUAGUAUUUUCGAGGUCAAUCAUACUUUACACUCGAGUGCCACAGAUGAAACAGAUCAACAUCGAUAUCCUAAUAUUGACGAAUUACAACUUUUAAACUAUCGAAUUAAAGAUUUAACAAAAGAAGAUGAUGAAAUGGAGAAUGGAGAGGAAGAGAGUAAAUUUGAAAAUAAGUUCACACGAGUGAUCCAUUCUAUAUUGACAGUGUUAGUUCAAGAAAUUGAAUCUAUUAAUGAGAAUCGUAAUGAACAAUGUCACACAUGUUGCGCUAAUGGAAAUCACAUUGCAUCUCUAAGUUGUCACAUGUUUGAAAAAGAAGUGAAUUUAAAUAAUUUUCAAAGUCUAGAGCAAUUCAUGUUGAAUUAUUUCGGAGAAGAAUCACCCGUUGUGACAGUGUUAAAAUUAUGCAAUCAAUCAAUUAUUGCUCCUGCUGUCAUCGCUCUCAAGAAACAACUAGGUCAAUUAUUUAGAUACAAAGAUUCUGGAUAUUGGUUUAUUGACAUUUUAAUUAACAAAAAUGGAGGUGUCACAGUUUGCCAUCGACGAAAAGAACGAGUCACAAGCCAUGCCUUUGAUCAUACUUCCCAUUCCCAAUCUUACCCUUCUCUUCCUUCUGCUUCUCAACCUGUUUCCCUAAAGAAAAGUUCUGUUUCCACCACCGCUCUUCCAAAACCUAAGAAUGACAUCUCCUCGCUUACCAGAAAGCUCUAUACGUUUGAAUGGCGAUUGUACAUUAACUUAUCUCCGAGUACGUUACGGCAAUUAGACAGUAUUCGAUUAGAGUUGGUGGAUCAUCUUGAUUUUUCAGAUUCUGAGGUGUUAUAUUCAGAAGAUGAACGAGAGAACAUUGAACGAAUAUUCUUUGAGCACGCGAAAGGAUUCGAUCAAAAGUUUGACAAGGAAUUUGAACAACAAGUACUCAACAAGAAAAGGAAACAAGCCAAAAAGUGA